AUGGAGUCGAACUUGAGUUUGCAGGUCACACUGGCCCUCCAGGCACCGAUCCUAGAGGCACAAGAACCAUUUGCUCUGCCAAUCAAAGUUUCUGUUCACAAUGCCGCAGAUUCGCCAGUCACUAUUCUAAGAUGGAAUACCCCAUUAGACCCUCAGGCUGGUGUUCUCGGUGUUUUCGAGAUUUGUGACGCAACAGACCAACGGAAAUUGCCCAUUCCUACUAUUAUGGUAUCACGCAAGCUACCUGCAUCUGAGAAUGAUCUCGUUGAGAUACAAGCACGCAAAACUCUUGAUGUAACUAUCAAUUUGCCGAUUCAAGGCCUUGAAAAGGGACAUGAAUAUUCUGUUCGUGCGCAGGGAACUUGGCAUGCAGUGUGGCCAACUGAAUUAUCCAAUGUGACUGUAUCCCAGCUUAAGGAUAACACAGGUGCCAGUCGCGGGGACUUCCUUUCUAAUGAGUCCUCUGUGACCAUUGAGUGA